CGCCAAGUUUCACGCCUCUGGCUAUGGACGCCAUGAGCGGAGAAUUUUGAAGCAAACGUACACUUUGGUUUAAAUAGUGAUAAAUUUCCUUGUGACGAGUUUAUGCAACACCCCCUAGAUAGAUGUAUAUCUAGGUGGUGAUGGUUUAACUAAUGACGAGCUUUGUGACGAAAUGUUUGGCAUUGAAGUUCACGAUUCGGCGACCUUGCCAUAGCCGAUGUAUCAGACGUCACUGUAAUCCAAUCGGAGUCAUGACAAUUAUACGCUGCAUACUCUCUGAUAUUUACACUGGUCGCCAGCUAGUUACGAAAUAAGGUUUUCACCCCUGCAGAUGAAAACAGAAAUGCGCUUGAUGGUUUUUGUUGUUAUAGUGUGUAGAGUUAGGUGUCACUUGGUGUGUGAUUAGAAAUCGGAUUCUUUGUGUAUUAGAUUCGAUUCGAAAUAUGAAAAUGAUUGAAGAAAAUGAACAAUCUAGGGAUGUGUGAAGAAUCUGAGUGAAAAUUGAAGUCACUCAUGAAGUGUUAAGAUUUAAAAAUUCGAGUUGUUACAUGACAGUGCUAUAAACAUUGAAUUUUAAGCUCGUGUAGACGAGUUUUAAAAACACAAAACAAAAAUUCUUUGAAAAUGAAGAAGGGAAAAUCAUUAGAUAAAAUAAGACCUUUUAAAUUAGCUCAUCAAAUUGUGAGUCUCACUGGAAUAAACUUUCAAAGGCAGAGUAUAAUUGGAUUUUCAGAAUUGACUAUUGUGCCUUUGAAAGAUAACCUGAAAACAAUAAAAUUGAAUGCAAAACAGUGCCGGGUAUAUCGAGUUCUUCUAAAUGAUACUUAUGAAGCUCCAUUCCAGUACUUUGAUCCUUUUUUGGAUAUCUGUCAAGGAGAUCCUAAUCAGCGUUCCUUGGAAUACUUCUCAAACUCACAUUUAAGUGCUGCCCAACAAAUUGAUCCUGAUAAUAAUGCUGGAGAAUUAAUUAUUACUAUUCCAUCUGAAGCUAGUCAACUCAUUGGAGAAGGAAGAGGCCUUAGAGUAGGUCUUGAGUUUUCCCUUGAGCAGCCCCAAGGUGGGAUACAUUUUGUUAUUCCAGACUGCGAAGGAACUUUAGCUGAGCGUGCAGCUCACAUGUUCACUUAUGGACAUGAAAAUUCAUCAAGACUUUGGUUUCCAUGUGUUGAUAGCUUUGCAGAAGUUUGUACUUGGAAGUUAGAAUUUACUGUUGAUGAAAGCAUGACUGCUGUUUCUUGUGGAGAUCUUAUAGAAGUUGUGUAUACCCCAGAUAUGCGGCGCAAAACAUUCCAUUAUGUCCUGCAGACUCCCACCUGUGCACCCAACAUUGCUCUUGCUGUGGGACCGUUCGAAAUUUUUGUUGAUCCUUAUAUGCAUGAAGUAACUCACUUCUGUUUGCCUCAAUUGAUGCCAUCAUUAAAAGUAUCAGCACGAUAUAUGCAUGAAGCAUUUGAAUAUUACGAAGAAACAUUAGCCAAUAGGUACCCUUAUUCCUGCUACAAGCAAGUGUUUGUAGAUGAGGUUGAUGAGGAUGUGUCAGCUUACGCAACUAUGAGCAUUCUCAGCACUAAUUUAUUACAUUCCCCAGCUAUCAUUGAUCAGACAUAUAUCACCCGAAAAGCAAUGGCACAAGCGAUUGCUGAGCAGUUUUUUGGGUGUUUCAUAUCCAUGCAACAUUGGUCAGAUACCUGGCUUCCCAAAGGCAUCGCAACAUACCUCUGUGGCCUUUAUGCAAAGAAAAGUUUUGGAAAUAACGAAUAUCGGGAAUGGAUUCAGUCUGAAUUGCAAGAGGUGGUCAAGUAUGAAGAAGCGUUCGGAGGUAUUGUGCUGGACCCCAGCCAAGCACCCGCCCCCCUCCCCGCGACCGUUGCCGCCCCCGCCCCUCCUCCCAGAGCACAUGACCCAGGCUUUUAUUUCCCCAUUCGGAACCUGCACACCAUGUCCCCACGCUACCUUCAAGUUCUACAGAAGAAGGCUCACUUAGUGAUGAGAAUGUUAGAGCAUCGUAUUGGGCAGGAAUUACUUUUGCAGGUUUUCAACAAGCAGUUGUCGCUUGCCUCAAAUGCUGCUCAGCAGAAAAUCAGUAGUGGUUUAUGGAACCACAUGCUAAUAAGUACAAAUGUGUUUGCCAAAGCUAUUUUCACAGUUACGGGAAAAGACAUGUCUGUGUUCGUUGACCAGUGGGUUCGAACUGGUGGUCAUGCCAAAUUUAAUAUGAGUUUUGUUUUCAAUAGAAAGAGAAACACAGUAGAAUUAGAAAUCCGCCAGGAUGCCACUCAGCAGAGAGGAAUCCGUAAGUAUGUGGGACCACUCCUUGUGACCAUCCAGGAACUAGAUGGAACAUUUCAACACACAUUGCAAGUGGAAGGUACUGUGGCAAAGGCAGAUAUUACAUGCCAUUCAAAGAGCCGUCGAAACAAAAAAAAGAAAAUUCCUCUUUGUACAAGUGAAGAGGUUGAUAUGGACCUCAGUGCAAUGGAUGCUGAUUCGCCUGCUUUGUGGCUACGUUUGGAUCCAGACAUGACACUCCUGCGUUCUGUGAAUAUUGAACAACCAGAUUACCAAUGGCAGUACCAGCUGAGGCAUGAAAGAGAUGUUACUGCCCAAUUGAAUGCAAUUGAGGCCUUGGAGAGGUAUCCUACUCCUGCAACACGACUUGCACUGACAGAUACAAUUGAAAAUGAACAGUGCUACUAUAAAGUGCGAUGUCGUGCUGCACAUUGUCUUACAAAGGCAAGAAUCUCAUUGUUUGUUGCAAAUGCUAUGGUUGCUAACUGGGCUGGACCUCCAGCUAUGCUAGCAAUCUUUAGAAAAUUGUUUGGUUCUUUUUCCUGUCCUCAUAUCAUAAGACAAAACAACUUUACAAAUCUGCAUCAUUAUUUUCUUCAGAAGACAAUCCCAGUUGCAAUGGCAGGAUUGAGGAAUGCACAUGGAAUAUGUCCUCCAGAAGUGAUUCGCUUUUUAUUGGAUUUAUUCAAAUAUAAUGACAAUAGUAAGAACAGAUUCUCAGAUAACUAUUAUCGUGCUGCAUUGGUGGAAGCUCUUGGAGCUACAGUGACACCUGUAAUAUCUGUAGUUCAGCAAGGGGCUCCUAUUACGGCUGAUUCCCUGGCUUCUGACACAAAGCUUGUUUUAGAGGAAAUAACACGUUGCUUGAAUCUGGAAAAAUUACUUCAGUGUUACAAAUUCACUGUUACUGUGUCUUGCCUCAAAGCUAUCCGAAAACUACAGAAAUUUGGUCAUCUACCUAGUAAUCCAUCUCUUUUCCGCAGUUACGCUGCUUAUGGACAAUUCAUUGAUGUGAGAUUAGCUGCUUUGGAAGCGUUGGUGGAUUUCACGAGGGUCGACGGGCGAUGGGAUGAUCUAGUGUUCUUGUUAGAUUUGAUAGAAAACGACCCCGACCCCAGAGUGAGGCACAGCCUGGUGCGCUUGUUGGUAGAAAAUCCACCUUUUGAUCGUGCCCACAAACAUCGUUUAGACAGGGAAGAACUAGUAGACAGACUUUGGUCGCUCAUGAAUUGCCAACUGUCCCAUGAUUCACAUUUACGAUGUGACAUUGUGGAUUUAUACUACACUUUGUAUGGCUCAAAGAAACCCAUAUGUAUUGCUGUACCAGAACUCUCUUCCAUAUUAAAUAUUAACAAUCUCAAGACUGAAAGAAGGCGUAGUCCUGUUCGUGAAAAAGAGGUUAAGCCUCUGCCUCCUGCCCCUAUGUUUGUUCCUGCGAGUGAUGUUGACAUUCCUUCUAUUAGUGGAGUGAAAAGAAAAGCCUCUUCACCUUUGAGAGAAACAGAAGUUUUAACAGAUGACAACAAUUUGGGUUUAGUUACUGAAUCAGCUGCUGCACCUACAGCUACAGCAGCUACAGCUGCAACAAGAGUUCCCUCUCCCUUGCCAACGGAUGUUGGUUUUAUCCCUUCAAAUACUCCUGCUUCUGCUGCGAUUUCUAUUGUGCCCUCUGCUCCUACUAAUGCACCACCAGUUCUGAGCCAAAGUAGUUCAGCUAUUCCCAAGACAGAAUCCCGCCGUGAUAAAGAAACAAAGAGUGAAUACUUCUCAGAUAAUUCUCAGUCCCUUCCUGGUAUUAUGGGUUCAUCUGGUCCUGUUGGUUUUGAGCCUGGUAUGUUUCAUAAAGAAGAGGGUGAUAAGCAGAAAUCUGAGCCUAGUUCAAAGUUGAAGAAGAAAAAGAAAGACAAGAAGAAACAUAAACACAAACACAAACAUCGACAUGAUCACAAACAUGGUAAAGAAAAAGGAAAAGAGAAGGAAGGAAAAGAUAAUAAAGAUAGCAAAGAAAAAGACAAAAAAGACUUGACACAUCUGAAAAUUCGUGAGGAAACAUUGAGUUCUGGCAGUUCCAGCCCAAGUCCUAGCCCCAUAAAUUUUCCUUAGGUAAUUUUGUAUAUAUUUUUUAAUAGAUUUCUUUGAUUUGAUUAAGUUGCCAGACGUUCUUUUUCAAAGUUGUUGUUUUUUAUACUUUGCCAGAAAAUUAAAAAAGCAUUGCAUGGAUAAUUAUUAUGAUAUAUAUGUAGUAAUUAAUUUAAAACUAUUGUUAUUAGAAUGUAAGGAGAAAACUUUUGUGAAUAAAAUAGUAUUGUACAUUUGUAUAUAGAGUAUGGAUUAGAGAUGUUUUUUUAAAAUGAUGUUGAAGUGGUGGAAAAUGAAAUACCUCCAACACUGUUGGUGUAUUUGUCCAAUAAUAUAUAUAUGUGUUAUGGGAGCAAAAAGACACUUUGACUCAUCAGUAAUGGGGAUGGGGGUGAGGAUUUAUCGCAAGACACCUAGUAAUGACGCUGUUGGACGCUGGAACUACUGUAAGAGACAUGAGCAGCCUCCAAAGUAGGUGUUUUACAACCAGGGAGAAGGCAGAUUAUAUGAUCAAUAGUGGACGGAUUUAAUGACAUGUCAUAUUUUUAUUUUAUUUUAGAACUAUGCCUUUUCAUAUACAUAUUAAUUUUAUGUUAUGGCAAAGGAAAUGGCCCAUUUUUAUAUUUCCCUUUUUUUGUGCAUUUUUUGUUUAU